CGUAAUAUAAUUUCAAUUUAGGAUUGAGAAAAAGUGGAGCGCGGUUUGGAUUAUAAUGGAGCGCCAAUAUGUAAGCUCCCUUUAUUUAGUUUUGUUAAUAAGCCUGAUUUACAAUUAAACCGCUGCGCGAAAAGAAAAACCCUAAACUCCCAUUUAUUCAUUCAACCGUACCGUUAUCUAUCUCUGAAUUGGCAUACGGAGUGAGUGAAUCGUAACAGGAAGGGAAGCAUUAGCAUUGCUCGUUCAAUCGGAGAUUAGCAUUCUAAGUUUGCUUCGUAGUAUUCAGGAGCGUUGCGGACGAUGUCUACCCUAGAAAUCGAAGCUAGAGACGUGAUUAAGAUCGUUCUUCAGUUUUGCAAAGAAAAUUCUUUGCAACAAACUUUCCAGACAUUACAGAGUGAGUGCCAAGUUUCACUCAAUACAGUAGACAGCCUUGAAACAUUUGUUGCUGAUAUUAAUAGUGGAAGGUGGGAUGCCAUACUGCCUCAAGUAGCACAACUUAAGCUUCCAAGGAAGAAACUAGAGGAUUUGUAUGAGCAGAUUGUUUUAGAAAUGAUUGAACUUCGGGAGUUGGAUACUGCUCGUGCAAUUUUGAGGCAGACACAGGCAAUGGGCAUCAUGAAGCAGGAGCAACCUGAAAGAUAUUUACGACUUGAGCAUCUCCUAGUUCGGACUUAUUUUGAUCCACAUGAGGCCUAUCAAGAUUCAACAAAAGAGAAACGGCGUGCACAAAUUGCCCAAGCUCUUGCUGCAGAAGUUUCCGUGGUUCCACCGUCACGACUAACGGCUCUAAUUGGUCAAGCACUCAAGUGGCAGCAGCAUCAGGGAUUACUCCCGCCUGGUACACAGUUUGACUUAUUUCGAGGAACAGCUGCUAUGAAACAAGAUGUAGAUGAUACGUAUCCAACAACCCUUGGGCACACCAUCAAGUUUGGGAAAAAAAGUCACCCAGAGUGUGCUCGGUUCUCACCAGAUGGACAGCUCCUUGUUUCUUGCUCUGUUGAUGGAUUUAUUGAGGUUUGGGAUCACAUAAAUGGAAAACUCAAGAAGGAUCUCCAAUAUCAGGCUGAUGAAACAUUUAUGAUGCAUGAUGAUGCUGUCCUUUGUGUUGAUUUUAGUAGAGAUUCGGAGAUGCUUGCAUCUGGAUCACAAGAUGGAAAAAUCAAAGUUUGGCGCAUAAGAACUGGUCAAUGCUUGCGCCGUCUUGAGCGUGCACAUUCUCAGGGUGUCACUAGCCUGGUCUUCUCUAGAGAUGGAAGUCAGAUAUUAAGUACAUCAUUUGACAGCACUGCAAGAAUCCAUGGCCUGAAAUCAGGAAAGUUGUUAAAGGAAUUUCGUGGCCAUACAUCUUAUGUGAACGAUGCCAUCUUUACAAAUGAUGGAACUCGUGUUAUUACUGCCUCCAGUGAUUGCACAGUGAAGGUCUGGGAUUUGAAGACUACAGACUGUCUACAGACAUUUAAGCCACCACCUCCUUUAAGGGGAGGGGAUGCAUCUGUGAAUUCUGUUCAUCUUUUCCCCAAAAAUCCAGAUCACAUCAUUGUCUGUAACAAGACAUCGUCAAUAUACCUCAUGACACUUCAAGGACAGGUUGUGAAGAACUUAUCAUCUGGUAAAAGAGAAGGUGGCGAUUUUGUUGCAGCUUGUGUGUCACCAAAAGGGGAAUGGAUUUACUGUGUUGGUGAAGACAGAAAUUUGUACUGCUUCAGCCACCAAUCUGGUAAACUAGAGCAUCUAAUGAAGGUGCAUGAGAAGGAUGUCAUAGGGAUCACUCAUCAUCCCCACAGGAACCUCGUUGCCACGUAUAGUGAAGAUUGUACCAUGAAAUUGUGGAAGCCUUGAGAAUUCUUUAGCACAGUUGCGUUUCCAUUUGCAGUGCAGAAUAUAAUUUAAGCUGCUUCCAUUUUUCCUUAGCUGCAAUUAUGUUUUAACACCAGUUGUUUAGUCCAAAAAAAUUAUCAGAUUUUAAAGUUUAGCAUACUAUCCCUGACAGUUUAGAAUAUUCAAUAUAGCUGUCUUUACUAAUUAGAA